UGCCCUUGAUCCUAUUCCAUCACUGCCGUCGACUGAGCCCCAGGAAACGUCGGACAUGUCACACCGCCUUCAAACCCGUUUGACUUUGAUCCCCAAGAACUUCAGUGCCCUCCCCUGAUAUUCGCUCAAAACACGCCAGGUAUUCUCGUCAAUACUGGAAUUUGAUCAAUGCCUGGGUCGAUGGAGAGAAGUCUUGGACAAAGCGUUGAGGCUCGACGAUAUCAUUCACUCGGAGCCGCGACUUUUGAACCAGCACAAUUCAAAGAACUCGCCGUUGAGUUUUUCGACAGGAGCGGAGAGGCGAAGAGGCUGUGGCCUAAUCGAAACAAGAGAGGGUGGCUCGAAUGGUCGAAGGACAGAGAAAGGAUCCUAAACCUUCUGACCCGCAUCAUAUCUUGGCACGCAAACAUGUCGUUUCCCAGACCAGAGCCAGACUUGUACCGGCGACCUGGAGAAAGAGAUUCAAUGGGACGCAGCGCUCCCUCCAGCGGAAGGAACGAGUAUCAGCAAUCCUCUACAAUCUCGAACCAACCAAGCUCAAAUAUUGUCGUUCAGCACCCCAACGACUUAUCAGUUGAAAUAAAGUAUUCCUUCGUAUUGCAUAUCAGAGACAUUGGAGGCGUAGAACCUCCAGAAGAGCUUGCGAAGCUGACUAACAAAUGGGUGUUGGACCAGAAACUAGAAUGGCCUCGACCAGCCGACGAUCGGCUCUGUAGAUGGAUGCACCACCAAGACUUUUAUGAUCCCGAACUACCGAGCUGGGAAUGGAAAAAGACGGCUCAAGCCGUUAUCUCUGGUACCACGAUCAGCUGGGAGGAUCAGGUGCUUCAGAAUACGAUGCGGACCAAGCUUAAAAUACGAAUGAAGUCUUUCCAAGAUCUCUUCAUAGACAAAAAUAUGAUUGAGAGGAGAGGCGGUCGAUUUUGCAAGCGGCCUGAGUUUGCAGAGAGCUGGAACUCCCGAAUUCACAUAUGGUCAACAUUAUCGUCGGAGGCAGCCGUAGAGGAGCAUACAUCUGAGAAACAAUCUCAGGGCAACGAGACGACCCUCGCAGUGGAUGUUCAGUUUGGUACCAGAACUUCUACAGCAUCCACAGAGAGCGAUGUCGAUUUGGAGGUACCAUUACCAGCCUCUUUACUACCAAGGGCGCAGCAUGUUAAUGAAAUUGAGCAGAGCCCCACAACAUCUCACCAUUCCAGCUACAGACCACCAUCCCAGAGUGAAGAAACCGACGACGAUAGCACACAAGACUACGCUAAGAGACAGAAGGUGUCUACCACCAAAUAUUUCCAGCAGAAGUCCAAAACUCAGGUAAUGAACACCCUCCUCAGACACUACAACAACCAGAUGCUACGGAGCAUUCAGUUGGCAAGGAAUUACGUCAAACGUGUUCUUGCGAAUACAAGUUGACACUUCAUGCUCCUAGAUCUCACCUCCCUCUCAGAAUGGCAGAAGAGCAGCAUCGGUAACUUCUGAUCAACGAAAAAGGGCCUCCAAUAAUAUCCCACCUUUGGCGCCAAGCAGA